AUGACCAAACCAGCACCAAAUGUAGUGGGAGAUCAUUCAUUCUAUAAAUCUUCCAAAGAAUCAUAUGUUCGAAAAGCCAAGGGAAUGUCCUUCUUUGCCUUUCUUCUCUUCACUUUUGUUUACAUUUCGGUAUUUUAUAUCUUCAAUUUGUCUCCUUCCACCCUGCUCAACACCACCAAGUUUUGGUUCUUCAUUACCAACACUCUCAUCAUCAUCAUUGCUGCUGACUAUGGUGCUUACUCUUCAUCCAAAGAGGAACAAAGUCUUCACGACGAGUACAUGAAUAUGCCUAACAAAGUUAAAACUAGUGUUCCAUCCUUGGUUUCACAGUACCCGGAAGUUGUUUGUAAAGACACGUCCAAUCGUCCCAAGAUCAGAGAGGUUGUCGUUUGGCAUGAAAAGAAAAUAACAAGUCAGGAAAGCGAUUCGUUCCCAGAAAGUAAUAUUCCGCAUGAGGUUCGUGUGACCAAUCCAGAUCGUUCGGAAAAGCAUCAUGUUCAUAAUCAUCAUGAUGAGGAUUGGCAAGAAAAGAGGUAUGAGGUCCUUCCUCCGAAAGCUGAUCACAAGAUUCAUUCAAGACCGACCGUUGGUCGAGUUAAGUCGGAGAAAGCGAGACGAGGAGUGAUUGACGAAAGCAAUAACGAUAUUCGAAGGAUCGGUAUAGAGACUGCAAAACGUGAACCAAACCUAGAAGAAAAUGAUCAGUUUUCAACCAUGUCCGUUGAGGAACUGAACAGAAGAGUUGAAGAGUUUAUUCAGAGAGUUAAUAGACAAAUCCGGAGCAACUAG